UUUGAAGCCAGGUUAUUAUUUAAUUAAUUAAAUUAGACGCUAAAUGCGGGACUUUUAUUUUGAAAGCGCCUCGCUAUGUAUCAAAAGCAUCCGUUGUUGUGUGCGUCUGCGUAUUAAAAGUGUGACAGCAAGGUAUUUACUGAAAAAGAGGAAAAGAUAACUCUGUUUACCGAGCACCUGGCUGAUAGAGGGCACAAGCUCUUACGGUGCGUUCAAGUGUACAAGGUUCCUUCAAUAAACACUUUGGACCAUCAGUUGAAGAGUCUGAUCAUCAUUCAGCCGGGGAUGCUACAGUAAGAGCUUCACCUCAUCGGUCCCAUCACGCUGGUGAACAAGGACAACUGCAGAGGGACUUGAUGUGAUGGUCAAGGAUUGUGGCACCCACUCACAAAAUGGAAGCAUCGGCAAACUUACCACCAGAGGACAGAGACUCCGACCAAGAAAUGGAUAAGGAUAACAAAGAGGAGGAACYUCGUCGCUCUGGUCGCCUACGGAAUCCCACGGAGAGGAUGCUUGCAUUUCAGAAGGAGGAGGCUCACAAAAAGGAGAAAAGGUUGAUUCACAUUUAUGAACAAUGGAAGAUCCAGGCACGCAAGGCUAGAGAGCAGCUAAAGUUAAACAUAUCUGAGARAGACAUUGCAGCUCUUAUAGAYACAUUAGAGGAAGGAAAGAAUGAUGUUAUAAACAUGUUUAUGGAAAUCAGAGCUCAUCUCACUCCAUCCAGUGAGACAAGACGUCGCAUUGAUGCCUGUGAGGCAGUGACAAAGGACAUUAUUAAGAUUGCUUUUGAAAGGAUAUCAGGCAUUGAUGGAGAAUUUGAUAGUGAAGCAGUAAAGCAACRCCUCCAUGAGCUUCUUAACAGAGACUAUGCUCGCUCCAUCUACGGAUCCACAGCUUCACGUGCAAGUCAACACUCCAGUAAAGGUUCCAGCCAACACUCCGUCAURGCAGCAAAAAGAGUAGAUGCCGCAGCARAAUUAGCAGCAAAGGAAGCGGAGUAUGAAGUGUUAUUGGAGGAGGAGAGACAAAAGGAAAAGAUUCAACUCCUAGAGGAACAACAGAGGAGAGAACUUGAAGCUCAGAAACGUGAGUUGGAAAGAUUAAAGGCAGAGAAGGACAUAAGAGCUGCACGAGCUAGGUUUACAACCUAUGAUCAGGAAGUAAUGCAGGGAGCUAGUAUUCAUUCUGCUGAUCAUACUUCAAGAGAACAUCAGUAUGUGUGUCCUCAACAACCUGUGUCUUCAGCUCUCAUCCAGCAGCCCACUAAUGUCACAGUGGCAGCAUCACCUGCACAGACAGAUGUAAGUUAUCUAGCUCAGGCAGUCCAAGAUAGCAUAGCUCUGAACAGGCUCCCAAUGCCAGAACCGUCUGUAUUUACUKGUGACCCAAUCCAGUUCAUUGAAUGGAAGGCUUCCUUCACAUCGCUCAUAGAUAAAAAGAACAUUGCUUCAGCUGACAARUUGCAUUAUUUGAAAAAAUAUGUAGGAGGUCCAGCUCGAAAGACACUUGAUGGCAUAUUUUAUAGAAACGAUGAAGAGGCCUAUAAAGAUGCAUGGAACCGUCUCAAUCAACGUUAUGGUCAGCCCUUUGUUAUACAGAGAGCAUUCAGAGAAAAACUAGCAAACUGGCCAAAGAUCCAUCCAAGGGAUGCCGAGGGACUCAGGGCAUUUGCUGAUUUCUUACAUUCAUGCCAGGAAGCCAUGCCUUAUGUUAAGGGUCUUGACAUUUUGAACGAUUGUGAAGAAAAUCAGAAACUGGUUCAAAAGCUACCUGACUGGGCAGCAUCACAGUGGAAUCGUAAAGCCACUCAAGUCAUGACAGAUAAGCAGGAGUUUCCUAACUUCCAGGACUUUGUCAUCUUCAUU